GUCCUUGGUUUCGUAUUCAGUGGUUCUUUACGCCUCAAAGGGGUUAGUUUAAUUUCGGGGAUUCAAUCCAUAGACAGACAAUUAUAGGGAAGCGAAUUAAAUUUUUUUUUUUAUUGUUGCGUUAUUAAUUUGCAGUAAAUGCCAAGUUAUUUUUUUAAACCGGUUAAGUACAUAAUUCUGGGUAAUGGCAAGAAACGCUGAAAAGGCUAUGACGACGUUAGCUCGGUGGAGAGCGGCUCAACUAGGGGAACAUGAGAAACACAAGAAACGGCGUCCAUAUUUAGCAUCCGAAUGUAGAAGCUUGUAUGCCUGUGAAAAGUGGAGAAUGCAAAUUAUUAGGGAAAUCGCAAAAAAGGUGACUCAAAUACAGAAUGCUGGGUUGGGUGAGUUCCGUAUCAGAGAUCUUAAUGACGAAAUUAAUAAGCUCCUAAGAGAGAAACGGCAUUGGGAAGACCAAAUAAAGGAGCUAGGUGGACCAGAUUAUCAAAAGGUUGGUCCGAGAAUGCUGGACCAUGAGGGUAAAGAAGUACCAGGCAAUAGAGGUUAUAAAUAUUUUGGAGCAGCAAAAGAUUUACCUGGUGUAAGGGAACUGUUUGAGCAAGAGCCUCCCCCUCUGCCGAGAAAAACACGUGCAGAAAUGAUGAAAGAUAUUGAUGCUGAUUAUUAUGGUUAUAUGGAUGAUGAUGAUGGUAUAUUGGUCCCACUUGAAAUGAAUGCUGAAAAAACUGAAGUGCAAAAAUGUAUCGCAGAUUGGAAACAAAAGAAAGAGCAGCGGCUGGGUAAGGAUACUGAAACUGACGAAGAUCUCGAAGAGGAAAAUAUUUAUGCUGAAAAGGAUUCUCAAGAAGAAAUAAUGGAGACUGAAGUGCUAGAUGGAUCGCAGCAAAGAUUUGUUGCCCAUGUUCCAGUACCCUCACAACAAGAUAUUGAACAGGCGCUUUUACGACAAAGAAAACAAGAACUUCUUAGAAAAUAUGGGCUUCAAGAAGAAAAAACUUCUGUUUGAUUUGUCUAUACAUAUCCAUAUUAUUUACCCAUUAAAGUAAUUGUAAAUA